AGAUGAAAUAAAGUUCAAAUUCAAAGACUCUGUUAGAAAUUGGAGAGAAAGAUGAUGUAAUAAUUGUUAUUUAUUUGGUCCGUAAGAAUAGUCUUGGAGGGAAAGAAACUAAAUUUGAAUCUAACAAUUUCAGAGAAAAUGAGAAACAAAGAUACUAAUUGGAGAAUGAUGAUGAUGACUAGGGUUUGCCUAGGUCUGAUACUCAGAAUGGCUGGUAUGAAAGACAAGUAAAGGAGGCAAAAUAGGGAGUCAACAUUUCUCAAGAAUAAAUUUCCUAAUAUUUGGUAUACAAUUUCAGAAAAAACUAUGUCUAUUAGAAAUCCAAGUUUGAUUCAAGAUAUUUUGUUGAAUUUAAUUAAAAAAAAUAAGAUAGUGAAAUUUUUGAAUAAAACUAAAAUAUAUGA